AAGCGUCAUUGUGGACAAACGCGCUGCGCAAUAGCUCCGUAUACAGUGCGCAUGCCAAGCGUACUCUGGACUCACCCAAUGGCCAGCUCUGUAUGCCAAACGCAUGUCUGACGCACUUCCGACGAAUGCCAAGCACAUAAAAGCAGCGUAUUCCCGUCGAUGCUAGGUGUGCCGAUUUAGUUAAAACACGGCUGUUUUUCAUCACCAGAACCUACCAGUACAGAUUCCAUUGACUAUAUUAGAGUGAACAUCGACCUUUUGUCAUCAUGGGCCGCCUAAAACGUGAACCUACCACCAGUAACAUUACUGACACUAACAGUGCUGGCCGUGGCACUGGUUCCUCUGAUACUGAAGCCCCUGAAGAAGUGCCCUCAAGGUCCCCAUCAGUGGAGUACCAGGCCUCUUCUGGUGCCCCCAAGAGGAAAAGGGCCAAGAAGACCAGCUACUCCCUUGAUGCUGAGGUGGAGAACGCCUUGAUGGGAUGGAUCAAGGAGAACCAAGUCCUCUGGAACAGUAAGCUCAUCCACUACAAGCGCACCGACAUGAAGGAAGCACUCUGGACUGAGAAGGGUCAACAGCUUGGGAAGACAGCCGACUACCUCAGGGGGUGGUGGCGGUCCAUCAAGGACAACUUCACCAGGCUGGACAAAAAGAUAAGCGGGGAUAAGACCAAGAAGUUGACUGAGAGGGAAGAAUGGAUCCUCAAGACCUGUUCCUUCUUGUGGCCUCUUGUCCGCCACAAGUCACAGCCAUCGAUAAGUGUAUGUUAUGUUGAAAUUCAUUGCAUUCGUGUGCAAUUGCAUGUAUUGCCAUUUCUUCUGUUUUCUUGUGGCUAACACGUUAUUAUCAUAAUUGCAGAUAGAC